CGGCUCAGAGACUCGUUGGAAGUUGUAACGGGCAGAUUAUAAACAGCCGCUCCCUGAUUCGACGCUGUUUUAAAAACAAUAACUACACAUCUAAAGCUCUCCAAGCGGCUGUGAUCGCUGACAUCUUUUAUCUGUUGAAGUUAUUUGAGUAAUAUCGUAUGUCCGAUAUACAGAACCUCCAGUCUUUCGAUCCCUUUGCUGAUGCAACUAAGGGUGAUGACUUGCUCCCGGCUGGGACAGAGGAUAAAAUCCAUAUAAGGAUACAGCAGCGGAACGGCCGCAAAACACUGACCACUGUGCAGGGAAUAGCAGAUGAUUAUGAUAAGAAGAAGCUGGUGAAAGCUUUCAAAAAGAAAUUUGCCUGCAAUGGUACAGUGAUUGAGCAUCCAGAGUAUGGAGAGGUGAUUCAGUUACAGGGUGACCAGAGGAAGAACAUCUGCCAGUUUCUGUUAGAGAUCAACAUCGUAAAGGAGGAACAGUUAAAGGUUCACGGUUUUUAAAAUGAUUGAAAAGGGCUGCUCCAGCAUGUAGCAAUCCUAGUAUGUUCAUUGCAGGGUUUUUUUUUUUGACCAUAUGCUAACAAUACUGACAGCAGGAUAAAUCUAUUUUUAUUUAAUUUUUUGCAGUCAUUCCUAGCUCAAAUCUUAACAAUGACCUCAAGCAGGCCGCUAAUUCCAGGCUGGUCUGAUUUAGACUCAAGUGUUUUUGUUGCUGAUGCUAGUUGAUGUUUUACGAUGGACACAAUUGCGAGAUAUCUUUUUAUUAAAGACAAUAAAGUUAUGUG